AUGACUUCGUCAGAUUUAUCGCAAGAUUUUUUUGAUACUCUUAUACAAAUUUCUGAUAAAAAAAAUAACAAGAUCAAAGUUUUUCAGGCGGAUUCAAGAGUUCUUAGAAGUCGAUGUGAAUAUUUUAACAUAGCCUUAUCGGAUACGUGGAGAAACAAUAACGACACUAUGUAUAGGCUAGAAUUAGAAAUGCCUUGUGAUGUUUUUCAAGAAAUAUUGGAGGGAAUUUAUAACGGAUCAAUUAUUUUAAGCAAUAUAGACCUAACAUUUUCUAUGGAUUUAUUACUGGCUUCCGAUUUUCUUCUCCUUCACGAAUUUGUCGAUUUUUUAAAAUUCAAAUUAUUAGAAGGAAGUAAAGAGAAUUGGAGUGAUAAUGAUAUUAUUUAUAUAUUAAAGGCUUCUCAUCAACUUCCAUGCCUCCGUGAACUCUACUUAGUUUGCCAAGAUAUGGUAGCAGAAAAUCCAAAGAUCUUAUUUGAUUCACCAGAAUUUUCUUCGAUUGAUGAGGAAUUAUUGCUUAAUAUAUUAAAAUUGGAUAUGAUUUGUGCGCAUGAAUUAAUAGUAUUUAACAAAUUGAUUAAGUGGGGAAUCGCAAACACGCCAAAUUAUUCUACUAUAACUGAUAAUACAUCUCGACUCAGUGCAUUAGGUGCUACUAUUGAAAAAGGAUUGAAAUUAAUUCGAUACAAUUACAUACGUCGUUCCAUUAAAACAAAAUAUAAUCAAAUCAUACCAAAAAACUUUUUGUAUUCAUCUCGCUCUAAGGAUAUGGUUGAUCCAAAGGUUAUUAGUAAUAGAUUUGCUGGAAUAGUUGCUGCAUGGAUUGAUAGAAAGGAUCCUAUGGAAGUUCAAUACACUGCUGUUAAGAAUCCAUUCAGAUUUAGGCAUGUUUUUCGUAUGAAUGAUAAUACCGAUUUUUCUCCCGAACAUUAUAAAUUUCAUCGAUUUUCUAAGUUACCAACAAUGAAAUGUCACGAAGGACCUUCAUUAAUGAUAAUUAAACUUAAAAAUUCUGGAAAAAUUAUUGGUGCUUACAAUCCUAUUCAAUGGGGAAAAGGAGAUUAUAGUUAUCGUUCUACAUCAGAGAGCUUUAUUUUCUCCUGUGAUGAUAGAUUUGGUUCAAAUUAUCGGUUAUGUAGAGUUAUUAAUUAUAAUCGUGCUGUCUGUUUAUUUGGUGGUCUAUUAAAAUUUGGUGAAGAUUUAAAGUUUACUUGUGAUAAAGAAAUCGUCAAAUGUAAGAUUGAACAUAAAUUUUAUGAACAAACUUCUUUGGUUGAAGGCAUAUACGAAGUCGAUGAAUGGAAUGUUUAUAAAGUUAGGACAAAAGAUAUUCUACCAAUGCGUGUAAUGAUAAAUUUGGAUCUUGAAUCAAAAAUUAUUAAUAGUGACUUUUUCGGUAUUAUCUCAACAUGGAUUGAUAAAAAAGAUCUAGAAAAUGAUGAACCUUACCUUAAAUCUAAUAUGCCAUACCAAUUUACACCUAUAUUUCGCAUGAAAGAUAAUUCAGCUUUCUUUCCAAAACAAUAUUAUAAUCAAUUAACGGAGAGAAUAUUACCAACAAUGAAAUGUCACCACCAUGGACCUUCGUUGAUGUUAAUGAAAAUAAAAUCUUCUGGAAAGGUAAUUGGUGCUUAUAAUCCCCUCGAUUGGCAACAUCACACUUAUGCAGCUGAUGUUCAAUAUAGAAGUACAAAAAAAAGUUUUAUUUUUUCUUAUGAACUAUAUGGAAAUAAUGAAACAAAUUAUCGAUUAUGUCGGGUUGUAAAUUUUGAUCAGGCAAUCGCUUCUGAGAAAAUGAUCACCAAUAGAAAAGACAUUAAUAGCUUAAUUUUAAGAUUCGGUGAUGAUUUAGUGUUUUCUCAUCAAGAAGGAAUAAAUCAAAAUAUUAAUUCUAGUAUUUUUUGCCGUAUAAAGGCAAAUGGUUGCUAUCAACAACCACCCAUAAUGCCCAUCGGAAAUUACGAGAUAGAUAAGUGGGAAAUUUUCAGAGUUGAAAAAUGA